AUGCCGACGAAGCCUGACUUUUCAGGAUUUCGAUACCUUGCAAACUCUGGUAAGUGGUUCCUAACGGUAGAUCCUGGAUUGAAUCUCUUUAUUAUAGACAUCUUUAGCGAGAAGAAGAUCCAUCUUCCACCUCUAGAGUCGAUCGAAGAUGCCCGUUUUAGGCUUGUGAGAGAAGGAGAUAAGGAAUUGAAGCAGUUCACAAUUAAUGGUAACCCGAGUGGGACUGCGGAAGAUGUGAGAGGUGUUUUGUGGGUAGACGAGAACAACAAACAAGAGUUAGUAUACGUUGUUGUGUGGCGUUUUGACACUUCCAGGUAUAUAGGGUUUUGCAAGAACGGGUAUGAUAUUCACCUUGGCACUCCAACACACACCGGUCUUUCCAGGGAAAAUGGUUUCAAGGAUGUGUCUGACAACCACAGUUAUUCAAUGAAUCCGUCACCUCUGAUUGAUCGAGACUCAACCCCUACAAGUCAUAGGAUCUUCUGUCUCUUCAAGAGGGAUCCUAAUCAAGACCCCGAUAUCGACAUGGAUCUUGUUGAGGUGGAUUCUCUAGGUGACGAGGCCCUGUUUCUUGAUUUAGGUAUCAUCGUGCCUGCUGACGAAACCCUUGGUAUCGAGCCAAACUCCAUCUAUUUCACCCGGGAUGACCGUGUCCGAAACAAGAAAUGUAGAUGCCUCGACAUCUUUGUGUACAAUCUUGCAACAAAGACCUUCAAAUGUUUUCACAGUCUCUCCAGCUUAAACCCCAACGAUGCUCUAUGGUUUAUCCCCUCUUGA